GCAGAGUCGGCUCCUUCACGGGACCAGUAUGAAUAGAGGAUGAAUCGUACCAUCGCUCUUAGUUACGUCCAGGUCCUUGCUCCCCGGUCUGAGAUUCGAGUUGAGGAAUCAUUAUUUUCUCUGAGCUAAAGACCGUGAAUGUCACGAGGUAUGAGCUAUCUGCACCGCGGGAUGGUGAUGGUAGGUGGAAACGGAAUAAGUGCGCAAGAUCCUCCUGCCAACCCAAGCGAGGCACCGGACGCGAGCAGAGUGGCCCGUGAGUUCGUGCGUCAGUAUUACACGAUACUGCACAGCUCGCCUGUACACUUGCACAGGUUCUACAACGAUGAGAGCGAGUUCAUCCAUGGUAGCAUAGACACCCCAUCGAAGUCGGUUCGAGGCCAGCAGGACAUCCACGAAGCCAUCAUGGCUUUGAACUUCCGCGACUGUUACGCUAAAAUUCACUACGUCGACGCUCAAGAGUCCGAGAAUAAAAUGGUCGUUGUCCAAGUGGCCGGUCAGCUCACCAAUCAGGGUGGGCCGAUGCGACGCUUCAUGCAGACCUUCAUCCUGGUGCAGCUGUCUGCUCGCAAGUAUUACGUGCGAAACGACAUUUUCCGCUACCAAGACCAGGUAUUCGGCGACGAGGAGGAGCUCGACGAUGCACAAGCUCUGGAAGAUCAGGCUCACGCUGCACAACCCAUUUUCAAUGGGGGAGCUGUUUCGGACCACGUGACUCUGAACGGUGAACACGGCCCGGAAAACAGUCCGGCAUCAGCUACGAAGGACGACAACCAGUGGGACAACUCUAUGGCUGCGCAAACCCCUGCCGCUCAAACGACCCAGGUCACGCCGACAAAUUCUCCGGUUUCGACUCAGACCACUGGUGCUUCUACGAUUUCGGCCGUUGCUCAGGAAACUACGAACGCUGCCCCACGCAGUUGGAGCCAGAUGGUACAGAAGACGAAGACUAGCGAUCCUGUAACGCCGCCCGCAGCCACCCAACCCUCUUUCGGACCUCCCGCGAACUCGGCGAAUACUUUCGGCGGCUCUGCACCCUCCCAAGGCUUAUCACAGCGACCGGCACACCGCGGCAACAACAACGGCCAUCGGUCGAACGGUGGGCCGACUCCGCCGAAGAAAGAUUCGCACGGUCCCCAUCCCAAAGACGACGAGACAUCCCCCAACAGCAAACAAUACGUGCCCGACAAUCUACAGUUGUUCGUCGGUAACAUUCCCCAGGACGUCGAGGAGAAGACCUUGAUCGAGGUGUUUUCCAAAUACGGUAAGGUUCAGGAAUUCCGUCUCUCAGCCUCGAAGAACAUAGGCGGCACUGCCGGAUCACGGAAAGAGACGACGAACUUCGGAUUCGUGUGCUUCGACAGCGUUGAAACAGUUCAGAAAGCUCUCGAGGAUGGUCGCAGCGGAGCAACUUGGGAGAUCGACGGCAAAACUGUGAAACUCAACCUCGAGGAAAAGAAAUCGCGUCUUCCGGGAGGGCCGAAGGGACCCCGAGGUCUGAACAACGGACAGCGAGGAGGUGAACGAAGGCCGAUGCCCAAUGGAGGAGGUGGCGGAGGUCGUCGCGAGUUCAAUGGCAGGCCGCAACGAUCGGGACCCCCGCGUCAGAACAGCUCUGGGAAUCAGAGUGGACCCGCGCCGCAACCGCAUCCACAAGCUCAACAGCAUUAAGGACUGCCGAUCGACAAUUUCAGCAACAUCGAGAGAACGACGACGAUUUGAUCUUGACGGCGACAACAACCGAUUGGUCUUCGAUUAGAAUUUCUUUAAGAGUCGUUUGAAAAGGACCGACUAGGUGGUAGUAAGUCCUUGUAGUCCAAUAGCCUUCAUCCGUCGGCGGGCAUCAACCAAGGUCGCGGAAAAGGCUCAGGGAAAUUCUUCAAAUUUCGUCAAUUUUUCCCUUUUCCUGGGAGAACUCGGAGCAACUUCGGAAGAGCACCAAAUCCAUCGGGAGGAGUUGAAGCUGACAAAGAAGGAGAAAAAAAACAGCUGCAGCAUUGAAUGGUCUCGCGCUUUCUUGUCAAAUGGGCUCGAUGUGCUUGUACAUAAUUAAUUGAAGGAGCUGAACGAAUGAAAGCAUCAGAAGUCUUGU